AUGGUACAAGUAGUGAAUGUUGACGGAACACGUAUCUGGGCUCGAGCUUUACUGGAUGGAGGUUCACAGAUCAACAUUGUUACGGAACGAUUGGUACAGCUGUUGAGAGUCCAGAAGAGGAACGAGCAUCAUCUGCUUGGUGGAAUAGGGAAGGCACAGCAUUCGUCUCAUCAUUCUGUGAGCCUUGCUAUCCACUCUCACUGCUCUACCUUCAAGGCAAGCUGGAAGUUCCAUGUGCUGCGAGAAGUGACGUGGGACCAGCCAGCACAUGCAGUCAAUCCGGAAGGAUUGAACCUACCGAAGGGAGUGACGUUGGCGGAUCCUCAUUUCUAUGAGCCAGGGCCAAUUGAUCUACUUAUUGGGCGAGAAGGUUACAACGAUCUACUUUUGGGUAACAUUCUUCGGUUGAAUAGCCCAAAACUACUACUGCAAAACACGGAGCUGGGUUGGAUUGUCUCAGGUCAGGUAAGCCAAGGUCUAACACACUCUUCCUUAGUGCUCUACGUCAUGACGCUGAAUGACCAACUAAGCCGGUUUUGGGAACUGGAAGGCUGCUACUCCCCUGCGAUGUUAUCCGUCGAGGAAGCUGAGUGUGAGGCAGCAUUUGUACAAACAACUUCACGAGACCACGAAGGCCGUUUCGUGGUAGCCUUACCAACGCGUACUGAAAGGCUUAAUCAACUAGGUGACUCUUAUGAAGCUGCAUCACGGCGGCUACAAUCGCUCUGUAGGCGAUUAAAUAUCGACUCGAAAUUGAAGCAGGAAUAUUCUAAAUUCCUACAGGAGUAUCUCGAUCUAGGACACAUGGAAGAAAUUCCAUCUGACCGCCAUGACAUUGGAAAGACAUAUUACAUGCCGCAUCAUUGUGUAGUACGACCCGACAGCCUCACGACUAAGCUAAGAGUCGUAUUUGAUGCAUCCAGUUCUACUGAUACAGGGGUAUCCCUCAACGAUGCACUGAUGGUGGGACCUUCAGUGCAAGAUGAUCUUUUGUCGUUGUUACUCCGAUUUAGAGUACCCAGAUUUGCGAUUUUGGCUGACAUUGAAAAAAUGUAUCGCCAAAUUUGGGUGAAGGAAUCCGAUCGUCCACUUCAACGCAUCCUGUGGAAAGAAUCUGCUGAUGAUAGAAUUCGCAUCUAUCAGCUGAAAACCGUUACGUACGGCACAGCCUGCGCACCUUACUUGGCCACCCGUUGUCUGCAAGCGUUGGCUAAGGAAGGAGAAACAAGAUAUCCCAGGGCAUCCAAGGUCCUCGAGCAAGAUUUUUACAUGGAUGACAUGAUCACCGGUGUGGAAUCUGUUGAAGAUGGCCGGAUUAUUUGCAGCGAAAUAAAUCAGCUUCUACAAUCGGCAGGAUUUCACCUGCGCAAAUGGGCUUCAAACUCGUCUGAGUUACUGGAGCAAAUACCAGCUGAACUACAAAUCGAGGAGAUGUUUUGA